UGAUAGCAUCGUAGGCUGCCCUGCCCUGCCCUGUGCCCUGCUUUGCCGAGAAGGGAGAGAGAGAGAGAGAGAGAGAGAGAGGGGGAAAUUUUUUUGAUAGGUAAAAUGGCACUGCAAAUUUUGAAGCUUCCUGUUAACUUCAUAUCACUCUGUCUUAAUAGCAAUCCGAGCUUGUCUUUCCUAUCUCACUGCAGCUCUCGAAAGAUUUCCGUGAGAUGGGUCAAAGCCCAAAUUCGAAGUCCCUUGAGAAGCUAUGCUGUUAUAAAGUCAGGAAAGAUUCAACUACCAAAGAAAAAAAGGAGGCUGGAUGAGAUAUGUCUUGAAAGGUUUCAGCAAUACAGCCGAACAUUUAUUCAAUCAUGGAUCUUACAAGGCAAAGUGUUUGUUGAUGGAAAGGUGGUGAACAAAGCUGGAACACCAGUCUCUGAAAAAGCUGUUGUGCAGAUAAUGGCUGAAGUUCCAAAAUAUGUAUGUAGAGCAGGAUAUAAGUUAGAAGCUGCUAUUGAACAGCUAGGCAUUGAUGUUUCUGGUAAAGUAGCACUUGAUUCAGGGUUGUCCACUGGAGGUUUUGCUGACUGCUUACUUCAGUAUGGUGCAUCAUUUGUUUACGGAGUUGAUGUAGGUUAUGGCCAGGUGGCUGAAAAAAUACGUCGACAUGAACGUGUUUGUGUGAUCGAAAGGACGAAUUUAAGAUACCUUUCUGGGCUCCCCCAAAAAGUUGAUCUUGUGACUCUGGACCUUUCAUUCAUCUCAAUUCUCCUGGUCAUGCCUGCUGUAGUCUCUGUGAUGAAGGAAGAUGCUAGCUUAGUUACCCUGGUUAAGCCCCAAUUUGAAGCUCGAAGAUCGCAAGUAGGAAGUGGUGGAAUAGUGAGAGAUCCUACAGUCCAUCAAGAGGUUCUUGAAAAGAUCAUAACGGGUGUAGAGAAUUUUGGAUUCUGCAGCAAAGGGUGGAUUGAGUCUCCUUUGAAGGGUGCUGAGGGCAAUACUGAAUUUCUCGUUCACUUUAGCCGCACAGCUGAGAGAAAUGCAAAUUGAUAUUUUAUCUACUCGGUUUUAAAAAGUGGGUAAGGCUGCUGAAAGUUGGAGAUUUUUGGGGACAAAUACUCUCUUGUACAGAAUUUUCCUCCGAAUCCAUCUAAAGAAAAUUCUCUUAACUAUGAGGUGGCAAUUAUAAAGAUUAUGCACGUGUACUUCUAAUGGUCAUGCCAUUAUUAAAUGGGUCAUGUUUCCAUAAACAAAGA